AUGAGUAAAAAACAAUACUGUACGGACGAAGAGUUGCGAAGAAUGUUAGAAGAGAGUGAUUACGAACAAAAUAGCCAGUCAAAUUCGUCGGAUGAAGAAGAAAAUGAUACCGACGGCCGUAGUGAUGUGCCUGAUUUUGACGAUGAUGAUAGUGUAGCCGAUCCCGAUUUUAUUCCUCAUGAUUUGUCACCUGACCGAUCAAGUCUACGAGAUAUAAAUAUUCAGCAUUCGAUUGAAUAA